UGGCUGUCCGUCAAAGAAAGGCGCCUGGCCGUUCUGCGUGACACCCAAGGCGCAGUGACUCCUUGAUCGAGUUGUAUGACCAAUGAAUUACAGUUCCGCGCUUUGACGCAGGUUAUUUUAACAGAAGCAUUGUUUCUAAUGUUUGUUGGUGAAUCAAAGACGCUCCAAGUCCCUGAAUCAUGACUCGGUAGUGUGGAUAUAAAACUGGCUGUCUCCCACCUCCUGGCUGGAGAUUUGAUUUUUCUUCUUCUUCUCGACCCUCAAUUCGUGCUAUUCAUUUUCCCUUCCCAUUCUUGACGACAUUUCCAAUCAUGAGAUUUACAACCAUACUAGCAGCGUGUGCUGCUGCAACUACAGCUGUCGCAGCCCCAAGCAUGAAGCGCGCCAGCAAGCCCGACGACAAAGGGAACACGAAGUUGCUGCUGGGCAACACCGGCCACAUCUACAUCGCCGACUUCAAGGACGACAAAUUCUCCAUAUCUCUCAACCAGUCAGUCACCGGCGACCCGGCCUGGAUGGCCUUUGCCGAGCCCAACCGCGUCUACGCCGUCGACGAGUUCGGCGCCACCCUGAGGCUAUUCAUCCUGGACCUCGAUAAGAACACCCUAGAGCUGAAAGCCGAGCAGACCGGCAGCGCCGGCGUCGUCCACCUGGAAUUCAACAGGGACAAGACCCGGCUGGUGGGCGCGGGCUACGGCGCCGGCAAAAUCGACGUGUGGAACAUCGAGAACAGCGACCUCAAGCUCAUAAAGACCAUCGACUCCCCCGGACCCCUCGGCCCGGACAAGAACCGCCAGGCCACCGCGCACCCGCACCAGGCCGUCCUGGACCCGUCGGGCCGCUUCUUCGCCGUCAACGACCUCGGCACGGACACCAUCCUGCUGCUCGACUCCAAGGACGACGCCUUCGAGGUCGUCAACCGCGUCCCCGUCUCGCCGGGCGGCUGCGGGCCGCGGCACGGCGUCUUCGUCCCGGACGAGGACGAUGACCAGAAGACCGCCACGCACUAUGUAGUCGUCUGCGAGAUGGCGAGCCUGGCACAGGUGUUCUCGCUCGACUACGCCACGGACAACAUCUCGUUCGCGCACGCGCAGUCGGUCUCCACCUACGGCGACACCCCGCCGCCGUCCGGCCAGGGCGCCGCCGCCGGCGAGGUGGCCAUCUCGCCCGGUGCUGACGGCGCGUACGUGUACGUGUCCAACCGCAUGAGCGGCGCCGCGACCGACUCGAUCGCGCGGUUCCGGUUCGUCGUCGACGGCGGUGGUGGUGGUGGUGGUAGCGAAUGCGAGCCGCCGUCGUCGUCGUCGUCGUCGUCGCCGGAUCUGCUGCUGCAGUAUGUCGACUCGUCGAGCACGGGGGGCCUCAGCCCGCGCAUGUUCGGCCUGGCGUCCACUCCCGGCGUGGAGGAUACGCUGUUCGUCGGGAACGUGGAGGGGCCGGUUGGGUUGGUGGCGCUGGUCAUGGACCGGGGAGGGGCGAGGGGUGUUGGGCGGGUCACGUCGGAUUUGUUCGACGGGCCGUCCUCGGGGCCGCAGUUUGUGAUGCCGAUUGGGUAGGUGGCUGGGAGAGGAGAGUAUUUUGGGUGUCUUUGAUGGUGGCGUUAAAGUUUGGGUAGUUGCGGUUGCGACUAGACGACGGUACUCAGCAAUAAAUUGGUUUCUGCUUGUUUGUGCCACGUACCCAAAUAUCAAG